ACAGAGUAUAAAACUAUAAAUUCUAUAAAAUAAAUAGGUAGAUUAAUAUUGCUAAAUAAUUUUAGUAUAUGGUAACCCGCUACAGACAAUCGCGCGUGUUAAUCACAUCGCACUGCACGAAGUCAAUUUCGAUUGUAUGUUCUGUUGAUCUGUUCUAAAUUUUGGAUGACUGUGACGAAAAUAGUGUAGCGAAAAUGACAUUGAUAUAUUGGUAAAAAUAAAAAACCCACCAACUUACCCGGAUUGUGAUUAUUUUGUAAUAAGUGUUAGUAUAUUGUGAGUAUUAUGAACUUUGAGGACUAUGAAACCCUUCCGACCCAGAGCUCCAUCACACACAUGACCGCCGGAGCGAUAGCGGGGGUGAUGGAGCAUUGCGUAAUGUACCCUCUGGACUCCGUAAAGACGCGGAUGCAGUCGCUUCGCUCCGCAAACAACGGCAGCAUCUCGGAGACCUUCCGGUACAUGGUGCAGCGCGAGGGCCUGCUCAGGCCUAUUCGCGGCAUGUCUGCGGUGGUGAUGGGCGCGGGCCCAGCGCAUGCCUGCUUCUUCGCCACCUACGAGCAGAGCAAGCACACACUGUCGCAGCUAACGCGCCACCGGCACGACCACAUCACUCACGGGUUGUCGGGCUGCUUGGCGUCGCUGGUUCACGACGCCGUUUCAAACCCCGCUGAAGUGGUGAAGCAGCGGCUGCAGAUGGCGAACUCGCCGUACCGCGGCGUGUGGGAGUGCGCGCGCCACGUGUACCGCGCGGAGGGGCUGCGCGCCUUCUACCGCUCGUACGGCACGCAGGUCGCCAUGAACGUGCCCUUCCAGGCGCUGCACUUCGUCACCUACGAGUACGCGCAGUCCAAGCUCAACCCGCGCCGCGUGUACGAGCCGCGCGCGCACCUGGCGGCCGGCGCGUGCGCGGGCGCGCUGGCCGCCGCCGUCACCACGCCGCUGGACGUCUGCAAGACGGUCCUCAACACGCAGGAGGCGGGCGCGGAGGGGCUGCUGGCGGCCGCGGCGCUGGUGCUGCGCGCCGGCGGCCCGCGCGCCUUCCUGCGCGGCGUGCGCGCGCGCGUGCUGUACCAGAUGCCGGCCGCCGCCAUCUGCUGGCUCACCUACGAGUCGCUCAAGCACGCGCUCACCACGUUCGGACUGCACGCCGAGGAGAACAGCAGCGGCUCGGGCUCGAGCGCGGCCGCGAGCUCGAGCUCCAGCCCGAGCGCGAGCACGAGCGCGAGCGCGAGCGGGCCGCUCGCCGCCGCCGCGCUGCGUCUGGCCGCCGACGUGCCCACCUCCCUCACGCGCACGUAGGCGGCCGAGCAGCCGAGCACGCCCGAGCCAACCCGAGCCGACCCGAGCCAACCCGAGCCGACACGAGCCGACCCGAGCCGACAGGAGCGCACUCGGACACGGGACUCGGAACGCGCGCGGACGCGAGACGACAGUCAGGAAUGCCGAAGGCUCACGAUGUAUGCGGAGUGGGACUUCCGAGCUCCUUUGUCCAACGCUCAAAUGUGUCCGAUAUUGUCGAAGAUGUUCGUGUAAAUGUAAGCGGCACGUGUCGCGCGGCGCGGUCGCGCGGCUCGUCGUGUUCGCGGCCGCCGUGCGAUCGAACCAAUAUUUUUCGAGCGAACGAAACAGAAAAUAAAAAUAUAUUUACAUAAAAAUAGUAAAAUAAACAAACGUUAAAUAAAUGCCUAAAAAUAUAAAUCGUGUGACAUGCGUGCGGUCGUAUCGGACUUUAUCGUUGCUUGAAUUUUUAUGUAUAUUAUUAGUAGUUUAUGGCGCAAUCGCCCUUUCUAGUUUUUUUUUUAAAUUGUGAUUAUCAAUCGAAACAAAUUUUAUUAAUGAUUAACAACGUUAUUGUUAAUUAGAAAUUCAUGUGCUUUUUAAAAAAGCUAUCGUUUCACGUUAUAUUCUAUUCUAUAUUAAUAUACUUGCGUUGCGUGUGGCACGUUUGAACAUAAUAACAGUGACAAGGCCCGUACUGUGAGAGUUACCGUGUAAGCGAUGUGCUCAUGUAUUGUAUAUGGAUUCCGCGUUAAGACCAAAAUAAAAAUUCCCGAGUCAGCGUUAUUUUGUGUAAUAAUUUCGUGUGCACGUGUCUCACGCGUGUGCGUGCGUAAGGAUAUGUCGAGUGUCAGUGAGCCUGUGUGCGUGUCGGUGCGCACGCGUGUGUGCGUGUGAGGAUGUGUCGAGUAUUGUGCGGUAAGCCUGUGUGCGUAUCAAUGCGCACUUGUGUUGUGCAUGUGUGUGAGGUUUGUCAAAUGUACGGUGAGCCUGUGUGCGUGUCGGUGCGCACGUGUGUGUGUGUGUGUGUGCGCGCGUGUGUGCGUGCGUGCGUGCGUGCGUGCGUGCGUGCGAGUAUGUGAGCGGGGAGCGACAGCUGUGAUGUUUGUGGUAAAAUUUAAAGUAAUCUUCGUCUUAAGUGUUGAUAUUAGUGUUAAGGGUUCGCCCGAUUUUUUUUUUGUGUUAAAAUUUAGUAACGCCGAUGAUGAGACAUCUCGUGUCUUACGUUUGGAAGUUGCAUCAAAAUCACAAUAAACAUAAUUAUGUAUUUUGUAAAGAGAGCAGUAAACAAUAAUUCGCGUCAAAACACUAUCGCUUCAUUUAAUUAGUUGUAAAUGGAAUAAACGUAGUGCUUAGAAAACUUGUACAUACCAGUGGCCGGCCACUAUAAACUGCGCGUCUCAAAGACGCUUGGCGUCGGCGGCCGGGGGUCCUCGACGCUCUUUCACUUGUCCUGUUCCGUAUUAAUAUUUAUUAAACAAGUAUAUACCUACUUAUAUUUGAAAGUUCCGCUACGCAAUUGAUUAUUUAUUCCUCUGGUAUCUUCAAUAUUUUUUUUUGUGAAAGUAAACUAUGCGCGCCCCCGGUCUCCGCUCGCAAUUAUUUUAACCUCCAUGAUUGUUAGUUACCGACGUUAACGAUUAUGUGUAAACAUCAUUUCAAAUAUGUAAGAAGAUAUUUCGUUUGAAGUGAUUCGUUAUCGGUGAGAGGCCGACGUUCGGGUGUGACCUGCGGCGCCUCAAGGCUGUGAUACUCUGAGAAAAUUGUCAAUGUAGAUAUAUUUGUAAGUGUGACGGUUUCUGACGCCCCGGCGCGCCGGAGAUCGAGGACACCGCAGCCCGUUACGUUUUAUUUAGAAAGAAACAAUAUUCGUUUUAACAUUAAAACGAUCCAAUUAUCUAAGUAAUAUGUUUUGAAGGUACGAAUCAACCGCCCGGCGGCGAUGCGACUAUUGCGUUUAUUUCACUCGACGAAGGAAUCCUUCGUAUUAAUGUAAUAAAUAAAUGUAUUGUAUAUUAGUUGGAGCGUCGCGAUCUGCUUGUGACGCGACGGGGCGACGCGGAGCGAACGUUCCUCACAACUUCAAACUCAUCGAACAACAAAGUAAAGAAAUGUCAUCGCAAGUUGUGCGGCGCGCGCUUCGCGUCGUAGCGUCGCGAGCAGGGUUUAUUAUUGUUUGUGUAAAUUGCUUUUAUUUGUAUUUGUUAUAUUUAUGAGUUGUAUAGAUGAGAACGAAAUUGAAAUUUAUAGUUUUAAGAGUUACGUAACUGUACAGGACGCGCUCCGAGUGAUCGUUUAUUUAAAAAUGUGAAAUAACAGAAAUAAAUGAACAGUUAGACAAUA